GCAAUAUGACUCAUUCGUCGCGACGACGCCGUGUGACGUUGGCGCUGCUGUUGGUCGUGCGCGAAACCGCGAACAGCUGUCGUCCGUGUGGGCUGUGUCAAAUCUUGGCAGGGGGUUAGUCGAGUGUGUUGGAUCUGCUCCGGAUUACGGUGUAUUGGCGUGUUGUCUUCAUCUAGCAAAGAUUCUUCCUCGCGUCAGAGACGAUUUGCGCGUGAUUCAAGGAAGCAACGACACGACAGCACCAUGGCGUUCGCCGGGCUCAAAAAGCAGAUCAACAAAGCGAAUCAGUAUAUGACGGAGAAGAUGGGCGGAGCAGAGGGAACAAAGCUUGACGUUGAUUUUGUGGAUAUGGAGAGGAAAACAGACGUCACGUACGAGCUCGUGGACGAGCUGCAGAUGAAAACGAAGGAGUUCCUCCAGCCGAAUCCGACGGCGAGGGCGAAGAUGGCAGCGGUCAAGGGCAUCAGCAAGCUCAGCGGUCAGGCGAAGGCCUCCACCUAUCCUCAACCGGAAGGUGUACUCGGCGAUUGCAUGCUAAUGUAUGGCAAGAAAUUGGGCGAGGACAGCAUUUUCGCCCAGGCUCUCAUUGAAAUGGGCGAGGCUAUGAAACAGAUGGCAGACGUGAAAUAUUCGUUGGACGACAACAUCAAGCAGAACUUCCUCGAGCCAUUGCACCAUCUGCAGACCAAGGAUCUCAAAGAAGUGAUGCACCACCGAAAGAAACUGCAAGGCCGUAGGUUGGACUUCGAUUGCAAGCGAAGACGUCAAGCGAAAGGUUCUCACGUUUCAGACGAAGAGAUUCGUCAGGCUGAGGAGAAGUUCGCGGAAAGUCUUCAUCUGGCGCAGAUGGGCAUGUUCAAUUUGCUGGAGAACGACAUCGAACAAGUCGCUCAACUGGCAUCCUUUAGCGAGGCUCUUCUCGAGUACCAUCAACAGUGUACUGAGAUACUUAAAGGCUUGACGGAGACGCUUUUUGAAAAGAAAGAAGAGGCAAUGAGCCGACCAAAGCUGGAAUUCGUGCCGAAGACAUUGGCGGAUUUGCACGUGGACAGUGGAUUAUCGGACCACAUGAACGGGUCAAGCCGAGCCGGCUCUCCGACUCAUGCGGACGGGAAACGCUCGCAGCUCGAGCUAUUUCCGGCCGGAAACCCGCCACAAUCUGCCAAUGCUUCACCCUUGCCCUCACCGAGCAAAUCGCCAGCGAGGACACCGAUAACACAGCCGAGAACGCCGUGCUGCACAGCCCUAUACGACUUCGAACCCGAAAAUCCCGGUGAACUUGGAUUCAAGGAAAACGACACGAUCACCUUGAUUCAGAAAAUCGACGAAAAUUGGUACGAGGGCAGCCUGGACGGUCGCACGGGUUACUUCCCCGUGACUUACGUGCAGGUCGUAGUGCCAUUACCCUAAGAGGACGCCGCGCAUCUCGAAACCAAAGACCCUGCACAUUCGUUCACUAGCGUCUACCACACUACAGGUUUACUCUGCUCUCCAGCUAGCCUAAAACCUAGACAACCCCUCGACAAAAAAUUAUCUAUUAUAUCUAUCUCGAUCUUGUCUAACUUAUGUUGCGGUUUCAAACUUGUGUCCAAGACGCGAUACACGAGUUUCUCUAGCUCUUUUUUCCUCACGCGCCCUAUAUAAAGAGACCCCUUUCCGAAGAUCCCGAGAAUAGCUCCUCUAUUACGCAUGUUAAUGUACAUAUAUAAUGUUAUAGUGUAUUUUAUCGACGUAAGGACCUUCGCGCGUGCAGACACACAUAUACACAUAAAUAUGAAUGCGUAAUCAGGAAAUAUGUGCAUAGAUACAUUACAGACGUAUUAUACCUAUAUAUAGAUUACACAACACACACAGGCAGAUAAUCUAUAUUAAAAUACGUACAUACAUACACACACAUAUACACAUAUAUAGGUAUAAACACUUAAUAGACACACAAAACAUUUACAAUAGCAGUUCACUGUCAAGGGCGACUCUCUUCUCAUCUUUUUUUCUACAUUAUCUAUCUUCCGCCUCGUUAAUAUGCUUUUGGAAUAUUUUCACCACAGUUCGAGUGCACAAAAGAAAAAGAUCGAGCAUAGCUGAAUCGAUUAUGGCGGGGCGCAAUUUUUCCCGAUAAUUUCUUUUGGGAUUUAAUUAAUUUCAUCCCAAAAGCUUUCUAUCGUCCCAAUAAUAAGCUCAGACUCGGCAUACGUUUCUAUUGCAAAUUUACUUUAUCUGGACAUUAUAUAUGAACUUUGGAUGAGGUGAGAUUACUCCAAUGAAUUGAAUUUUCUACUAAGACGGAUAAAGAUUUCAAGCAUUACUCCAUUGAUAUUAAUUCUAAAAUUUUUCUUCUCUAUUUAUGUCAUAAAUAGAAUUCGAAAGAAAAUACUAAUCAGAGUUAGAAAAUUUAAACAACAUUGAUUUACUCUAAAAAGAUGGUUAUGCUUUUCAUGUAAACAUGAAAACAUCUUUGGACUAUUCAAAAUCUUCGUGAUUUUUCUUUAACUGUUGCAUUUUUAAUUAUUACAUUUCUAAUCAUUAUAUAAUCAAACGACUGGAGUAAUCUUAUUUCGUUCCACUUAUUUGCUUUUCUUUCACGUAACACAAAGUAUCCUAAAAUAUAUUAAAAUCGCGUAAAUUUCUUCAUAAUUCUUAUUUAUCGUACAAUCAAAUGCACGACAUUCCUCUCACAAAAAUUCGAUUAUUCAAUCGCGGCACAUAUUUUGCGUUUGGUCCGCGCGGCGCAGCAAACUCGUUACUCAUAUAAUGUAUUCGUAUAAUGAUAAUAUUAUUGCGAUUCGUUUUCAUUCCUUCAGUCGACCCCAUCGUUUCUUCGACUGUUCACCGUUCCUUCUUUGUCUUCUCUUGUCUCCAUUUUCUUUCGUUCUUUUUUAAUUGCUAGACGAUAUACUAGCUAGAAGUUAGGAUUUACUUUAAGCGAACCUCGAAAUGGCGGCGAAUCUCUUCCACGAAGUCAUUAUCGAUUUACCUGUGAUUAUAGAUAAUUUCUGGCAUUGUGUGCGUGAUUGUUUUCGACAACGUUUCUAAUGAUUUAUUUAUAGUCGGGAAACUUUCGGAUCGAUGCUGAUGAUGAUAAAGCAAAACUUAAUGGAAAAAUCUAUUUAUUGGAAACACUGUCAAAAGUCAAUUAUCCUUCAUUACACACGCGAUUAUAUUACUGAAUUUUUUACUUGCUACACAUUAUUGCAAAAUAAUUGCAGAAAAAAUAUUGGUGAAUGAAAUAUUUAAUUAUAUUUGUUUAAUAAAUAAUUAUUUCCAGCGCUAUAACAAAAACAUCAAUAUAAUUUUGGAACUAUGCAAAAUUAUAAGUUCUUCUUCAUGGGAAACAGGUAAUAUAAUUUUUAAUUAAAAUUUAUAAUUCUAGAAUCUUUUUUUCUGAAUUUUAGUACAUCCGAAGCUUUUCCGACAUUCUUAUCAUAUCUUUUGCGACGUCAAGUUUUGUUUGCUAGCGUGAUACUUAUUUUAAAGGAAUUUUCAAUUUCUUUUUUAGAAUGUAAAUGUAAUAUUAUUUGUAAUUUUUCAUUUUUUAUUUUACGCUUGAAAAUUAGUGGAUAUAAUAAUUACAAUUAAUAUUAUUAUUCUCUGAUAUAUAAUAGUUCAAGAGAAAUUUGAGAAUGAGAUACAAUAGACUUCGCGUUUCAGAAUGAGUUUUUAUACUUAGUUAAGUAUACUUUAUACGUGUGCUCGACAUAAUUAUUCGCAGCAUCCUGAUAUCAGUUAUCUCCUUCCCGCUUUUUUGACUUUGUAUGAGAGUUCAACCGCCAGAAUAAUGAAAGUAAUUAAGGAACUUGGUUAUUUGUUGCCACGUGGAUUUUAGGUAAAAUCUUCGAGCGAUAUCUGCUAAGCAUAAUGUAUAAUGACACUAGAAUAUAUUACACAUAUGCAUACUGUCGAUAAGAGAGGGCGACGGCGAAUACGACGACGUUAUCGUUUUAUUAUCGUGUAGUAUCUCAUUGAUCGCGUACCUUAUUCCCAUUAUUAUCGAUUGUAAUCGUCGCAAAUUUGCGCGCAAAAUGUUUUCGAUUAUAUACAUUAAAUUCAGAGAAUGAAGUUAUAAAAUCGCAGGAGAUUCCCGAAGAGUGACCUUGUGUCAUUCUCCGAAUUGAGUUUCAUUUAAUAGGAAUCAUAUAUACAUGUUAAUAAGAUAAAUAUACAGAGAAUAUAUAGGAUAGGAUCCGAUUUUCAGUAAAAUUUUUAGCUUAAUCGGAUAAUUUUUGCUAUUCGUUAAAUUAUUUUCAAAGCGACAAUAUAUAAAGAUUAUCUAAAUAGAUCGUAGAGUUAAACAGUUCUUAAACAAAUUGUAGAGAAAUUUCAAGCGUAAAGUGUGUAUGCGAUAUAAGGGAAGACGGAUGGCUUGAAGUAACGAUAAUCUCUAAAUUACAUUCCGUUGGAAUUACAAAAUAUUUACGAGAGAACAUUACAAGAGUAUUUAUAUAAAUGGCGUAUUAGAUAUACUAGAAAUGCACUCAAAUCGGAGAAUGUUCUUUGUCCAAGCGCGACACGCCGUAAUGGAGGCACGUUCGUUUAUAUAUAAAUCGUUUACGAUUACUAUAUCGAUUAAUAUACCACCGAUGUUAUCAUCACUCGCUACUAUCACCGUCGCCAGUUAAGUCUUUACUGAAAGAGACGGGUAAAAACAAGCCGUGUAGAAGAUGGAGAAAAAAGCCCCGUACGCGAAUCUCACUUACACUAUAAUCUCGCUGUGAGAUCAAACGAAACUCCUUUCGGAAUUCGAGGUGUUAUCGAUGUUGUGCAAUAUUAAGAGUUUAACAUCACGGUGUUUAGCCGGAGGGGGUGGGGGAGGGGGGGGAGGCAUCGCUGGAUCAGUGUUUCUCAAAACAUCGUAAAGCUGAAAUGGGAACGGAGGGGCCAAAGCGGAACGAAAGUGAGCGGGCGACAUUAUAUGUCGAAUAUAGGUCUAAUAAUUAUUUCCGUUGAUUAACGCGCAUGAAGUAGAACGUAACAGAGAUUUAUAUUAAUCUUCGCUUUAUACAAGGCGACGCAGGUUAAAGUCUCCUUUGUCACUUUCGUUCCAGCGAUUUCGUUUGCGCGAAGCAAAAUACUUGCAUUCAACGGAGCGGGAUUGAUGAUUUUUAUUCUCGGUUACUCGCACAAUACGCAAUAGUUUAUAAGAAUUGUUUUAAUGUUUUUUUUUUCCCAUACAAAUGAAUAUGUAUGAAUUGAUACAAUUGAAUUAUUAAGAUAAGCUCUUAUUAAUAUCGUAAUAACAAGCGUAGAUAAUGAUUGUUGAAAUUAACUUUAGUUAAGCUUGUAAGCUUGUAAUCCGAAAGUUAAUUUUUAAUAGAUUUUAUAUCGAUAAAAAAAUCAAUUUGAAUUGUUUAAAUAUAGAUACUUGAUAUAAAAAAUUAAAAAAAAAAACUGCGACACAAAAAUACUCAUUAAAAAUUCCCAGUGCGAGUAGUUGAGAAUGAAAAUCGACUUCUUACAACUCGAUAGUGGGAUCAUGUUUUCUGUCUAUAUAGCGAAUGACCGGCGAAGUUUUGUCAAUUAGAAUGAUAGCAAUAAAAUGCUAAUUAUCCUGCGUCGAGAGCAGGGGCGGGUAAUGACUUUUUGGAGUUCUUCGAAGAUGCUAAUUUUCAGGACCCCGAUAAGUGACCAUCGAGGAGGUGUUGAAGAGAAAAAUAGACGAACCUCCUAUUCUCUGCACAAUCUACAGGAUGUCCCAAAACUACUGCCACCAUAAAAAAAUUUAGAUAUUAAAAGUAGAAUAUUAAUAAUGUCUGCGAGAGAGACAGAGAGAGAGAGAGAGAGAGAGUGUGUAGCAAUUUUCACAUACAUAUAAAUUAAUAUUUAAUAUAAUUUUAAUAAAUAUAUAGAAAGGCAAAUAAUUUUAAUAAAAUAAUUAAGGAUAGCAAAACCGUAUAUAUUUCGCUCAGUAUGAAGUAGAUCUUUUUAAACAGGACUUUAAUUGGUAUGGACUAGCCUAUAUAUAUAUUUCAAGUAGAUUGUUGAGAGUGGCGGUACCUCUGCGACACCUUGUACGGUUUCAAAAAUUCGACCAAUAUCUUCGAAUGUAAUUACUUUUGAGGAUCGCUUAGUACCUACGAGGAGUCUGAGCUUUAAGUAUUCUCGGUGUCCAUACAAAUCCGCCCCUGAUCGAGAGUUCUCAUCGAUCGGCAUAGUGAGAAAAUAAAAUUUGAGAAACACUGCGCUGGGAAAAGAGAAAAUAUAUAAAGACGGCGAGAUUGGCGCGAUCGUGAGAGAGAAAGAGAGAGAGAGAAUGAAUUUAAUGAUUAAUAUUAAAUCGGUAUCUUAUUCUAUAAAUGUUGGCUAUUGUUAAAUGUUGAAUAUUGUUCGGUGAUAAGCUCACGCGUUUUUGCCCGAGAGAGACGCGUGUUUAUCAUUACAUUUUUAAUUUAAGAUAAUUACAAAGUUAAUUUUCAUCUUUUAAAAUUUUUAAUUGUUUAGCAAUUUUAUAGAUAGGCACUUUAUUGAACGAUAUAGAAAAAGAGUUGCAAAAAAGCUACAUUUGUAACACAAUAUAUUUUGUAAUAAUUGAUUUAAUAAUUUAAAGUUUAAAUAUCAGUAAAUUCAUUCCCGAAAUAAUAAGCGAAUAAUAAUAAUAUUUUACUUAACUGGACAAUUUUUAAUAUGAAACUACGUGUUUCUCGGGCGAGCACGACGAGUUCUCCGCGUUCUAAUUGUAAUCUAACUAUUUGGGGAUCGAACGGACGUAUGCCGGAUUUAUCGAUCCCCGUAAUGGAAAAAACAAAUCACUGAGCAUCCUUGGUCACAGAGGAAAUAGCUUUCUCUCUUCCCUCACUUUUCCUCUUAGAAUCCUUCCUCGCAUUUUCUCUCUCCUUCCUUUCUUCCUUCUUCCUCUCGUUUCUCCUCUGAACACGUCUCUAUUUCUCUAUGUAUAUGCGUGGAUUGUCGCGACGAAUCUCGUGAAUCCUCGAGAUGUGCCGGGCCCACUUAUAUUUUGUAAGCGCCAGAAAAUCCGGGAUCCGCGGGAGACACGAGAUUGUCCCGAUCGAGCCGGUUAAAAUUAAUUAAUAUCCUCUUGACAACCUGUAUCCUGCUCUUCCCCUUCGAUGCACCUCUCCCCCCCCCUCCCUUGCCCACCCGCCUCAAGUCGAUUCCGUUAAUCUCCGUUUUGACGGAGUGCAAAGAGGGCGACCAGUGGAUGCAACGCAGUGAUACUUUCAGACAAUACAUUACGAUUAAUUAAACUUGUAUUGGUAAUGAAUUAAUCUACUACGAUUAUAUUAUACUCGAUUAAAGAGAAAUAUAUAUGAUAUAUAUAUAUAUACAAA